AAAACAAAAACAAACUGUUUGUUUCGGAUCUGUGUUUUUGGAUUUGCUCGGAUUAAUUUCUGUAAAAAUUGUAAACUUUUGGACACGGAGAAUAUAAUGUCGGACAGCCAGAAAAAAGUCGGAAACAUUCUGUCCAACAUUAGUCCUCCGUCGGAGUUGCCGAGCUUCGUUACGGCGGGUGUGCCACAGCAAUCUGUUGUUCCCGAAGAUACUGCGCAACAAAAAGCGGAAAUGGAAGAAGAGCAAUCGCCAAAACGAAGCAACCCGGAGUCCGAUCCUUUCAUUCCGACCACAUUCAGUCCGGCAAUUCCUUCGAACAAGGAUACUAGUACGGUCACGGCUACGGCUGAACCGGAAUCGACGGAGAAGUCGGAAGGUGGAUCAUCGAGAAUGGGAAAGGAUUUUGCCAGUAUGGUUUUGAACGCGGAACCACUAUCGGAAGCGUUAAGUCCUAUCACGCAAGGAGGGUCGACACUGUUCGGAUGGAUGAAGGGCGCUGUUAGCAAUAAUGGGCUGUUGCACAAGGUAGCGGAAAAGGCCAAAAGCUCGGUCGAUACGAUCGUCACCACUUUGGAUCCGCAGAUGAAGGAGUAUAUCAAUUCUGGUGGUGAUACAGAGGUGAUUGUGGCAUCAGACAAGGACGAUAAAGUUCGGCCAAUCAGGGAAGCAUUUCAAACGGUGUUUGGCAAAGCUACUGUUAUAGGACUGUCUUCUCAACCAGCAGGGAUCGCGGCCCAACCGGUAGGAUUUGCUGCAGGAUUGAAGGGAGCUGAACACAGAAUCAAUGUUAUUCGGGCGGAAAACCCAAGGGUAGAUGAUCACCUACCGGUAGUUGCGGUUGAAAACUUUUUGGUUGAAUUGUACCCGACUCAAUGGUUCGAAGCAAGUAUUAUUGUACUGUUUGAUUACGCCAAAAAUGUCUUGCUGAGAACUAUCACACAGAUGACGCCGAUUCCACUGCCUAUCAUAGCAUCCAUUCAGGCCGAUACACCAGAAGAUUAUGAGCUUAGGGAUACGGGUUUCGCAGUCACAAUUGGAAGUGUGAUGGCUAAGAAUCUGAAUACACCGCACACGGAAUGGCACAAAAUGUACACCUCGGUCAGCCGCUCGGAGAUGAUCCUGAGUGCGGCCAAAACCAUUGCGACGCUCUACAAGCAAGCGGUCGCCGAGUAUGCGUCGACCUUGGGUACCACCGCGGCCGCCGGCGCCACCGUCGCCCUACCAGGCUCAAACGAAUAAGAUUUACUGAGGGCCAGCCUAUCGACGACGGGGUGUCGGUGCGGACAUUACUAGCGAGAGCGGGCUGGUUCGUUUACCUAAGCAUUAGAGAAAAUAUUAUUUCUUCAUUUUCCCUUCGCUGAUGGGGGAACUUCACCGCGAAUGGAUGGAGUAAGCAGCCAGACCAAAUAGAGAUACGGUUGGUUGCAAUCAAAACAGGGCGCAUUUCGGAACACAAUAUAAAGGAAGAGUCAUUGCCAACGCUAUCUAUUUAUAUGCAUUGUUGGAGUUCGCGUUUUGCUUGACGUUAUGGAUAAGAGGACACAAACCGAUGCGUAUUACCAAGCGACAGGAGAAUUAUGCCUAAUAUAUACCAAUUAUUGAUAAGUUUCCCAUAUCAUUUUAUUUACUGCUAGUUUAAAUAAAAACAUUGAUUCUAAUAAAGUAAUAAAGUUUGC